UUUUGGUGUCCUUUGGUUUGUCGUUCUGUUGGGUCGACUUCAACUGUAUUGUGUUUUAGAAAAAGUUGGAAUUAACGAAAAUUUGUAAAGUAACCUUUUUCUUUUCGGCAUCAUCUGAGUGAAAGCCUUUAUGAAAACGAGCCACUUUUAAAGUAAAAACUAAGCACACAUUUACCAAAAUAAAACCAUAGUUUCUUGCCGUCCGCACCUCAGUUGUUUCGUUGAUACUCGGGAAGUGUCGUUGAUGGCAGGAAGAAACCGCAUCAGUACUCAAAGGACUCGUACAGUGUGUAGAGAUGCUCGCCCCCGACUUUCGAUUGGUCAAGCACGAGCUCUAUAGGGGCCCUCGAGGCUGUCAUCUCUCAGUAGUAAUGUGACUGCUGCCUCUGACAGAACCGGGUCAAUCAGCUGACGCCUAAACGCGGCAAAUCAAACUUUUUUUGCGGACCACUGAGGAAAUACACGCGUUCAUUUAUCACAAUUGGAGGGGUUACAUAUUUUUGUUUAUUGGGUUAUUUGUUUUUUAUUUCUUCAGUCAUCCCGGAGUUAUCAAGUCUCGUGAGGUUUGUGUUCUGGACAGUGACAUCAUUUCCCAAGGGACACAGUGGAAUAGUGGAAUAGGAAGACGCAUGGAACGAUGACUGGAAUUUCUGUGAACAUUAUCUGGUGAUUUUAAACCUUGCUGAGAAAUUAAAGAAGACCUUCCUUAGUCUAAAUUGUAAAUGAGAAAAUCAACACACCUGGGUCCUAUUGGUGAUACAAAAGUAUUUUCUUACUUUUUUUUACCAAUUGAGAUUUAAGUAUUUAGAAAUCUCAGUCUUUUUAAGACUGACUCAUAGCCUCCGGUGAGGUGUCUUAUGCUUUGGGCUGCAGCUAUGGACAUUGAGGCGAGGCAUCAUCGUUUCCGCCCAGCGACCUCACCAUGCUGAGCGAUGUCUUCGACGUGGUGUACAUAACACUAGAGCUCCUGAUCGCCCUGCUGUCUAUCCUGGGCAACGUGUUGGUGUGCUGGGCUGUGGGACUCAACAGCAAUCUCCAGAGCAUCACCAACUUCUUUGUUGUUUCGCUGGCUGUGGCGGACAUCGCGGUGGGUGUGCUGGCCAUCCCCUUCUCCAUCUUGAUCAGCACUGGCUUUUGUGCCAAUUUCUACGGCUGUCUGUUCAUCGCCUGCUUCGUGUUAGUGUUGACCCAGAGCUCCAUAUUUAGUCUUUUGGCCAUUGCCAUUGAUCGCUACAUUGCCAUCAAGAUUCCACUAAGAUACAACAGUCUAGUAACAGGGCAGCGUGCCAAAGGCAUCAUUGCAAUCUGCUGGGUUCUCUCGGUCAUCAUCGGUCUGACGCCCAUGCUCGGCUGGCACAAAACUUGCUCGGGAGAGUCCGUCAACAGCACCUGUCUGCCCGGCAUGAUGAAGUGUUUGUUCGAGGAGGUUGUGGUCAUGGACUACAUGGUUUACUUCAACUUCUUGGCCUGCGUCCUUGUGCCUCUGCUUCUCAUGUUGGCCAUCUACCUGCGCAUCUUCAUGGCGGCACGCCACCAACUCAAAUGCAUCGAGUCCAAAGCCGUGCCGUGCGAGCUCAAGUCCCGCUCCACCCUGCAGAAAGAAGUCCAUGCGGCCAAAUCUCUAGCCAUCAUCGUAGGCUUGUUCGCCGUGUGCUGGCUGCCACUUCACAUCAUCAACUGUUUCACUCUGUUUUGUCCACAGUGCGAACGACCGCCGGUUAUUAUCAUGUACCUGGCCAUAAUCCUCUCGCAUGCCAAUUCGGUCGUGAACCCCUUUAUCUACGCCUACCGAAUACGUGAGUUCCGAUACACCUUCCGAAAAAUCGUGCGCUAUCACGUCUUGGGCAGACGAGAGCCGCUCUCUAGCAACGGGAGCACCCGUACCUCGGCACGUGCGAGCAUGGCGGACUCGCUAAGAAUUAAAAUCAACGGCCUGGUGCGUGACCUCUACGCCGACCAGAGCAGCACCACCAGCAGUUGUGAAAGUGCAGAGCCCGGGCACACGCACAGACCUGUUGGCACAGAAAACUCGAUAUCAGAUAACCAGCCAGUGGUGCUUACUAACACUCACAAGCAUCGGGUGGAUCCUGUACUAAGACAUCUAGAGUCGCCGCUUACCAGAAACAAUCAGGUCAUUGCUUGCAAGAAGCAUACUGUCCUCGAUAUUAAGGAUGGAAGGGAUGUAUCUUCGCCUCUUCACAUCGAAUCAAAUCUUUUUCUGCAAACAACCCACUGCACUGACCUCACUGACAUUUCCUGAUAGCUGAUACUUUACCAUUGAUGGAUUCUGCUCGUAUUUAUUUGAUACCCUGACAGAAUGAUGGGUUAAAAAUAUCAAAGACAAAGUAGAACUUUUGCAUUUUAAAGAACUUGGAAGACAUUAUAGUUAUGGUGCAGCUGAUCUGAUCUGAGUGUCUAUAUUUUGAUAUUGUAAUGAUUGACAAUGAAAACGACAAGAUGUAAAGGUCAAGACAGAAGAGGUGUAAGGCGCUUCAUGCAAACCCUUUUUAUGAAAGAUUCUGGCUCAGAUUACUAGGACGCUGUCUUGUUAUGGUUGGAAAGCUUAAAUGAAAAACUGCAUUAAAGGUCCAGUGUGUAAUUUUUUGGAGGAUCUAUUGACAGAAAUAAAAUAUAAUAUACACAACUAUGUCUUCAGAGGUGUAUAAAGAGCUUACGCAAUGAAGCGAUUUAUUACCUUAGAAUGGGCUAUUUCUAUCUACAUACACCGUGGGUCCCCUUGCAUAUAAUUCGCCAUGUUCUGUCAGCCGUCGUAGUGUUUCGAACGGGAGGGGGAGGGGUGGAGUGAAGUGAGCAGUUGGUUGCAAUUCGCAACCUUGCAGCUAGAUUUCACUGACUGGGCCUUUAAUGGAACAUCAACUAUUUGCACAUGAAUCCAAAGUUUAACAUGCACAAACACCUUAAAACCACUGAUUAAAGAGGCAAAUUGUGACAGCAUAAAUAAACCACCACUGUAACCAAAACCUGCACCAAUCACGAGGCAAUUACAAAAGCGUCAGAAUGUUUUGCUUGUGUAAACAUCUUGUCUGAGUCAGUUGGUAAAAUCCAGACUAUGUCUGGCACAGUUCCUGAGUAUUUGGUACAAAUGAUCUGAAUUGAUCUGUUCAGUGUUAUUUUGGCGUGAGGCUAGCACAGCAUUGCAACAUAUAGCAGUGCAUGUGCUAAGUAAGGAUGUGGCUAUAAGUGUUAACUUGAGCUCUAUGAUGCGAUAGUAUUGCUUUUUUUCUCAAUUUUGUCAGAUUUUUUUUCUAAAUUUAAACGUAAUGCUGCCCGGUCGGUGUUGAUAAAUUAUCAUUUGCUUGUGUUUUUGUGCUAAUUCUGUCUGUCAUGAUGUACGAGUAAGAGAUCAGGUUGUUCACUGCUGAACAGCAAUGAAGCAAAACAUUUUCUUCUAACACAUGAAUAAAAUUACUCGGCUGCAUAUGGACGGCUCUUAUCGAAUAACUGGACUGGACAUACAGUUCCCUGAUUACAUUACGUCUUUAAAAAGACUACAGUUUGUAUAAUAAAUGAAGAUGUUUAUGUGAAAUUUGAUUAAUACUUCAGUCUGUCAAACCAAACAAGUGGUAUUUGUCAUGACUGAGUCAUGUCAGACUAAAUUCUAGCCAAGGCAAAACUCAUUAUGUGUCUCUGAACUUUUUCUUUUGACAGUUCCUGUCUUUAAUGCAUAUUUUUUUGUUUGGGUACUAUUCUAGCAUUUUGAUAACAUUUACAUUUAGUCAUUUAGCAGACGCUUUUAUCCAAAGCGACUUACAAAUGAGGUGAACAAUUAUAACACACAGUUAUCAGCAAGUUACACCAUCAAAAUAAUGCAUUUUGAUUGUUUUUGUUCUGAUUAUAUUUUGUUUUUUAAGUUGAGCAAACUUAGCUGCUGGGUUGAAUUCAUGCAAUUUUCAAAAAGUCUUAUGCUUUAAAUGAUUUUGGCCAUCCACCAUUUGCCCUCUUCCCAGCAUGCACGGGUGCAUUAAUGAUUAAUAUCAUACAUAUAAAUGAUGAAUAUGUUUGAGAAGUUUGACUGUUUUAUCUAAAUUGUUGCUGUUGAGUGUUUGAGUAGAUUCAUUUUUUUAGUG